GUUCAAACAUUUAAUCUUCAACGAAAAAAAGUCAAAUUCAAGCACUUUGCCUUAAAUUUUAUACAUCAUGGUCUUAAAAUAGAUCAGUCAUCAAAACUUCCGGAAAUCUUCACAACAAAACAGCAUAGGCUUCAACACUGACAUUUUUUACACAAUAAUAACAAUACGUGAUACAUAAGCCCAAAUAAUAUUAAGAUAACUUCACAUAAAUGGAAAUGCCUACCGCCAGCAAUGAUUGCGAUUUCAUUGCACAACAUGAGAAAAGAUUAUCUUUCAAGGAACGAAGAACAUUUUGUAAGUAUUAAUUUAAUAGUAAUACUAAUUCAGACUUUAAAAAUUUUAAAUUUAUGCUUUUGUCUAAAGUUUAGACUUGACUUAAGUUUAAAUUUACAUUACUUUAGGCUUAAGGCAAGGCCUACAUUUUUUAGGCUUCUGAUUAAAAAAGAAAUAAAUAAAAGUAGCCUAGCCUAAUAAUUGAUGCGAAUAAAUACUAAAACCUAAACUAAACUUAACCCUAGUCUAACCCUCAACUAAAAAGAUGCGUGCUAUUACUACUACUACUUACACACUGACACUGGUAAAAAAAACUGUAACGUCCUAGUAGUAAGUAGGUUCCAGUUUAAUGUUGGAGUUGGAUGUUAUUACCCAUUAGGCAUUAGGAUCCUGUUCCUCGGUGGGAUGACAUGUUUCUUGUGGAAUUUUGUUCCCGUUAGGAUAUCAAAGGGCCGAAGGGUACGUUUAGACUUAGAGUUAGAGAAAAUCCCCAUGAUUCUGGAACAUUCUAGAUUAAAUUUACUAUCCUCCUCGAAACAUGUAAAAAUGACUUUUCUACGUAAUUAUUUUUCAAAUACAAAAUAUUAUGCAACUACACUAUGGUAAUAAGGGGAGAGACUGCAAUCAGUUUAGCAAAAUAGGAAAUGAGUAAAUUAAAGUUAAGUCCAUGGGUGCCACUUUUCUGGGUUAUCCCGGAAAUAUGGAUUCGUGAGGCUAAAUAUUUUUCAGCUCCGGAUUCGCAAGAUUUUAUAUUCUCUCGCUCCGGAUUCGCCAGAUCAAUUUAUUCUAAUACGGAUUCUGUCUGUUUUUUUGUUUUUUUAAAAAUCAAUGUGUUAUAGAUUGCGCGAAAGCCUAUUUAAAUUUAGCGAGAUUGGGAAACUGGGAAAAUUCCAUGAAAAUCGCUGAUCUUGUCUAUUUUUAGCCUUUCUGUUGCCAGAGUGUUAGUGGUUUCCCCUUAACCGGGCAUUCGUUUUGAGCUCUACUAGUUUCAAAUACCGUACUACUUCGAUAGACCAGAAGUAUUUCUUUUCUGAUUUUCUGUUCACAUCGCCGAUCAAGAGAUGUUUGAAGUGUUUGGGUAAGUAAAGUGUAAAAUUUAGUAAAUAAUUUUUGUGAAUUUAGUUUUCAAUUGUUUAUAAAUAGAAAACUACACGUCUAAUCGCCGUCUAAUAAGACUAAGCCUAGUGUACUUUGUUAUGUUUUAAUGUAUGCAGGCCACAUGUAUUUUUUUUUAUUAGAGCUAGGCAGCAUUUAUUUUUGUACAGACUUCUUAAGUUCACUUUACAUUUAAUUAUAGAGUAAGCCUUGUAAAUUAAAUAGAACAAUAUGAUUAAGUUAUUUUUAUCCCUCCAGUAGUGAGGCUAACAUAACUGUAUUUAGUUAGUCUUCAUUUAUAUUUAUCUAGGCCUACUUUUGUGCUCUGACUCUGGGUACACCUUACGGAAAUUUUACUAUUAAUCAUAAUGAUUGAUAUUCAUAAUGCUCUGUAUUACCGUAGUUUAGUGCUGGUAUAAUAUAGUCUAUAUUAUCUAUGCUUUACUAUAAAUCUAAUAUGGUAAUAUAUUUUAUUUUGUUUCACUAUUCAGGAUAUAGGCUCAAUAAAAUAAUGCCCAACAGUUCCUUUAAAGAACUGAUGGGCAUUACAGCAAUCAUGAUUGAACAAGUCAUCACUGCUAUGCUGGAAAUAUUUAUAUCAAGUAUUCUAGGGGAAAAUAUUUAAAAAGUCAAUCAUCUGAUGAGACCAGCUUUAUCACCUGUCUUAGGUGUCCACUUCUGCAACUUCUCAAUUUAUGUGUCAAACUAGGAAACUCUCACACUAAGAGAUUUUUUAGACACUAAAGUGUGUUGACUCAAACUAUCCAUUUCAUCAUAAAGAAGAGAACAUGAACUCCAUAUAAGAACAGAUUCUUUCCACUUGUGGUAGCUAUAUGUUUGUUCUAAAAUGACCAAAUAACACAUUGCAAAAGUUGCCUUUUCAAGUCUAAGUAAAUUGAAAAAUUGCAAUUGCUAGGAAACAUAAUAAAUAUUUACAUGUAUACACCGUAAUAGCUUCAUUUUUUUUUCAUUUAUGAUGUAUUUCAAUGUUGUUUUUGCUUUUACAAUUUCAUGGUUGUUUUUAUAUUAAUCAACAAAAGCGCUGCAUUGCGAUGGUCAGGAAUUUUUAGUUUAAUUAAGUUUCAGGGUUUGAAAAAUGUGUAAAUGAAGUUUCAGGUUUCAAGAAAUUUUUAGUAAGGGAUUUCAGGUUUCACAGCUUUCAGUGAGUGGCACCCCUGGUAAGGUCAAACCUGAAAAAAGAAACGCAACAAAGCCACAGAUGUGUUGGUAGGAAGCCUUAGUCAACGAACAAACAACAGAAAAAAACAGAAUAAAAUAAAAAAAUAGCACUUAGUUGAGAAGUAGUAUCUGAAGGGCAGCAAAAGAAUUGUGCACAAAUGCACUACUAUAACUUAUGGUCAUUUAAGUUGAAAGAGGGGCCUGGGCGGGGCCAUAUUCCAUAAUUGUACCGAUUUAAUUUUGCCUGAGAUAGGGGGCCCUAUAAAAUUCAGGCAGAUAAAUACUAAAGUUAAAAUUUAAAAUUUGACCCAUUAAAAUCAGUUUUAAAAAUGGCAUACAAAAGCUUUAAAAAAUUAUAGAACUUCCUGGAAAAUUCUAGACCUGCCAUGAAUGGAUUGGAUAUUAAUCAAAAUGGACAAUGAAGAGUAUUGCUACAAAGUAAGGCCUAGAUCCCUCAGUUCACUUAGAUCCUAUAGUGUUGUCUAAGGGGUCGUUUGCAAAUGCGUCAUGCACAGGGGGGGGGGGGGUCAAGAAUUGGGGGAGGGGGAUUAAAAAAUUUGACACAUCAUUUUUUUGUUUUAAAUCUAAAAUUUUCUAAUUUUGAAAAAAUUUUUAUUCAGUUGAUUUUAAAAACUUUCAUUAAACUUUAAAUUUGAGGUAAAAAUUGCCUCAGGUAUUAUAGGUAACGUGAACUUCAGUCGCUGACAGCUAUUGCACAAAAACUGUUGUGGCCAUAAUACAUUCUGGGCGGGGAUGAAUUCCUUGUUUCGCGUAACAGAUUUUUAAUGAUGCUACAUCUUAAUCCAGCGGUUCUCAACCUGUUGGUCGCGACCCCUUGGGGGUCGCAUGACCCUUUCACAGGGGUCGUCUAAGACCAUCUGAAAACACAUAUUCCCCACAGUUGUAAAGUAUUAACGAAAAUAAUUUUGUGGUUGGGGGUCGCCACAACAUGAGAAAAUGUAUUAAAGGGUCGCAGCAUUAGAAAGGUUGAGAAUCACUGUCUUAAUCCAUUAUGGGAAAAUGUUAAAGAAUAAAAUAAAAUCUUAGCUCAGUUAUGAAAAUUUUAUGUAUGUUUUGAUUUUUAUUUUGAUGUGACGUGACACCUUUAUAUUAUUACAAUGAUUUUUAUCAUACGCCUUGUGCAUGGUAUGGAAAAUGUGUGUACAAGCACCAGAAAACAGAGUGGAUCCCCGUUGUGCAAUCCAGGUAAAAUCUGGACAUGUAACUGUACUUGCAGUGACAAGACUGGGAGAAUGCCAUCGGCAAACUUGUUCAUUAAUAUAUUUAUUGCAGAAUUCACCUCUGCAAGGGCAAAGUGAUCUCAGAUUUUGUUCCAAGCACAUGCACAUCUAUUUUUGGAAACUACCUCAUAUUGCAGAAAAAAAAAACAGUCUUAACCGUUUUUUUUUUUUUUUUUACAUCAAUUAGCUGAACCUUAUACAUGGGGGUUGAUACACUGUACAGUAAAGCAGUGCUCCUUAAUGUGGGACACAACAUAUUUUUUUGGGGCCAUGAAAACUUUAAAAAAAAACAACAGACUUUAAGUAUAUAAAAAUAAGCAGUUUUUUUUCAAUGUUAGUAAUAGAGAAAAAGGAGAGGGGUGGUGGUCAUGGAGUCAAAUAAAAGUGGGCCUCAAGCAAUAAUGCACCAUAUGUGUACAGCUAUAAAGUAAGAAUAUUUUAUUUUCUUUGGACUGACGUCUUUAGUGCCAAAUUUCCAUGGCUUGGUAGUUGUAUCCACAAAUUUGUUCUCUAAAAAACCCCUGGUUCCCAGUAGUUGAGGGAAUUAGUGCACUACUGCAGUGUCCUCUAGUGGAUAUACAAUAUAUAAGCCAUGUGCCUAUUAAUUUAGUUAUUUUUAAAUAAAAAUAAAUUAAGUUGGCCUACCAGCUGAAAUAGCCUUAGCCAUUUUUAUUUAAAGUACAGUCGAACCUGGUUACGUUGAUGGCCUCUGGGUUUGCCAAAAAGCGUCGAGGUAACCGAUUAGUGAGAUAACCAAAAACAAAUAUGGCGGCAGUAUAUUAACAUGUGCGUGAAAAUUCUUUAUGAACACGAUGUGUAAUUAUAAAUGAGAACGUACAUGCACAGGUUUUUGGAGUUUUUUUUUCACACAACAGCGUUACCGCGACUUGUUUGAUGAAGCGAUCGGCAUGCUAUACAAAUGUACAUACAUGUUGGUGUCACCCAGUGUGGUAAACUCAUGGUGUCACCCAGUGUGGUAAAUUCAUGGUGUCACCCAGUGUGGUAAACUCAUGGUGUCACCCAGUGUGGUAAACUCAUGGUGUCACCCAGUGUGGUAAACUCAUGGUGUCACCCAGUCUGGUAAACUCAUGGUGUCACCCAGUAUGAUAAACUCAUGGUGUCACCCUCUCCAAACUUCCCCAUAGACCUACUCAGACUUGUGGGGAUAUUAAGUUCAACUUGAUAAAGAAUGAUAAAGCAAUAAUAAAAUGAUGCUUUUCAUUAUUUUUAUCUUACAUUUACAUUUGUGGCUUAAUCAUGUCAAAGCAAUUAUGAGAUUGGUUCUGUAAUUUUUUUGUGAAAAACUGAAAAGACUUGCGUUUCCUUGUUUACUGUAAAAUCUCACCUAAAAUAUACACGCUUGAACUUAGUCAAAAACUAAACAAAAAGUGUUGUGUGUUCUGUUUUCAGGUUAUAUACUCGUCCAAGGCUAUGGUUAAUAAUCUACCCACACGUCAUGUAUAUGCUAUUUGUACAUAUAUUUUAAUAGUACCUGAGCAAUUAAAUUUAUUUUUUUUAUUGUGUCUUCAAGAAAAAAUGCAUAAUUUAAGUAUCACAGAAUUGUUUCCAUAUGCUACAAGGAAACUACUACAGCAUCAAACACAACAAUCAAUGGAGUCUCCACAAGAAGCAUAUCAGUCACAAGAAGCAUAUCAGUCACAAGAAGCAUAUCAGUCACAAGAAGUAAAGCAGUCACAAGAAGUAAAUCAGACUGCAGUAAAGGCUCGAAGGGCUGACAUUGUUAUUUGCAUCUGUCGGUUCAAAGCAUCUCUAAAAGCAAAUGAGACCCCUGAAGAUGCAACCAGAUCACGACAAUGUGAAGCAGUGUGAAGACAAGCCAGACGCCAGUCACAACAAGCAAAUCUGUCUGCAGGAGAGUGUCAAGCUCAGUGAGCAGUAGUGGCCUUUUACAUGCAUCAGUUUACAGCUUUUCAAAGAGCAAGUGAGACCCCAGAGGAAACAAGAUGACAACUACAUGAGGCGGCACUAAGACAGCAUCAGUCACAUUGAGAAAAUCAAUCUACAAAAGAGCAAGAAGCUCAUCGUGUGCUGCUGAGGCAAUUUGCACAAAAUAAUUUAAAACAAGCAUAAGAAAGUGAAUCUGGACGUACUGCAGAAGGGUUUUUCCAUGCACCAGCUUAAAGCAUCACAACAAGUUCAUAAAUAAGACUUGGGAAGAAGCGACAGAUUGCACAGCAGAAGCUAUACAACAGGUAAUGCAAUCAACAGCUGAACGACAGAUUGCACAGCAGACGCUAUACAACAGGCAAUGCAAUCAACAGCUGAACGUUGUCUGACCAUUCUAAAUCAGAAAUUCUUUAUUUGAGAAUGCAGUUGAUGUGCUGAACUGCAGUUCAACAGAUUGGUAAUGCAGUUGAUGUGCUGAACUGCAGUCCAACAGAUUGGGAAUGCAGUUGAUGUGCUGAACUGCAGUCCAACAGAUUGGGAAUGUAGUUGAUGUGCUGAACUGUAGCCCAACAGAUUGGGAAUGCCAGUUCUGUAACCUUAAAGGUACAGUGCUAUUGGGAAAAAAAAUCUUCUCAAUUGAUUUAGAUUCUUUCAUGCACUUGUUUCCAUCCAAUCAAGCUAUCCAUUCAGGGCAUUCAAUCAGGACAUUCAAUCAGGAAAUUCAAACAGGCUGUCAUUGUAAGCUAUCCAAUCAGGAAAGUGGAAUAAAACAGUAAAUUUACUAGUGCACAGGCGUACAGUUGCCAUCUCUCUCUUUGACUUCAUUGUAUGUCUGAUGAUAAACAGCUAAAUAUUUAAAAGAUGCACCACGUAUUGUGGAUACUGUAAAUGGGGAAUAGUAUGCUGGUUGAGGGGCAAAAUUGUGAGAGUAUGAUAAACACAUAAGGUUUCAAUUUACUUUUUACAUUUACAGCAAUUUCUUUUAUACUGAGGUGCACAAAUUGUACCUGUGAUUUAGGGUAUAUCUGGCCAUUUUUUUAAUGCUAAAUUGGCUAGUCAAUCUGGAGUUUUGUAUUUUAUUAAAUUUCAUGGUUUUGAUAGCUGUAAUUUUAGGGUAAUAUGUUUGAGUACAAGAGUAUUUUAAAAGUAGAUUUGAUGAUAUCUUUCCUUCCCUUAAUUUAUGUCACAUGUCUUGUUAUUAAUAUCUUCCGGCAAAACUCUCAGUAAUACCAUAAGGAAACCGCCUCCUCCCCCAAAUUAAUCACCCCACCUCUUGAAAAAGAAACAAAAUAAACGUCCUUUUAAAAAUUUCUUUUUCAUGCUCUGCUUUAGUUAUUUUACAAAAAAUGUAAUCUUUUAUUUUUAUUUCCAGCUGAAAGGCGAAAAGAUGUGGAGUCAGUGAGAAAUGCUCAUCCCAAUAAGAUUCCUGUAUGUUUGUUUCCUUUUUAAAAUUUAUUUUGUUUUUAAUGGAUUUUCAUAGAUUUUGUAUGCAUCAUAUAUUUUGAGACUAAAUGUUGAAUUUCACUUUUACUCAAUAAGGAAGUAUUAUAUUCAUCAACUAUGUUUGGCUUUCCAAAAACAAUUGAUGCCCAUAUAUACACUUCCUGAAACAGCUAAAAGUAAAUUUCAUUAAAUUAUUUUAAAAUCUCUCAAAAAUAUUACUCCCAGUAAGUCUAAAAAUGGUAUUUGAGCAGGUAAUAUAAUCUUGAACAAUAGAAUAUGCUGUUAAAUUUUGAUUCAGUUAAAUAAAUUUAUUGUACUUUUAUGUUAUAUUUUCUUUAAAAAUUCUUUUCAGAAUAGCGUUUAAAAAGCCAAUUAUUUGGUGAAAAUGUGCAAGCAUUUUUUAUUGUGAGCAUGUAAGAACUUGGUGGUUAAACAAGGACACCUUUGGCCAUGAGUUAGAGUUAAAAUCAAUUUUCUUUCGCUGUAAUGGAAUAUAAUUUAUCUUUCCGCUUAAAAAACAACGCAGGUCAUUAUCGAGCGAUACGGCAACGAGAAAAGUCUUCCAAUAAUGGACAAAUGCAAAUUUCUCAUACCAGACAACCUCAAUGUGAGCGACAUUGUGAAAAUCAUCAGGUAAGAAGUGAAACUGGGUCAAAGUUCUUUGAAGCCUGAACUGGGUGGAGAUUAUCAGUGCAUCUCUUAUGGGCAUUCCACAUGUUAUGUGCCCUAGAUCGAUAUAGCCCAGUGCAAUGAAGACAACUGGAUACUUUUAAUGUGACCAUAACCACGUGAUCAUUACUGUUCUUAAGGAUGUGAUCAUUACUGUUCUUAAGGAUGUGAUCAUUACUGUUUAUAAGGAUGUGAUCAUUACUGUUCAUAAGGAUGUGAUCAUUACUGUUCUUAAGGAUGUGAUCAUUACUGUUCAUAAGGAUGUGAUCAUUACUGUUCUUAAGGAUGUGAUCAUUACUGUUCAUAAGGAUGUGAUCAUUACUGUUCUUAAGGAUUUGAUCAUUACUGUUCAUAAGGAUGUGAUCAUUACUAUUCAUAAGGAUGUGAUCAUUACUAUUCAUAAGGAUGUGAUCAUUACUGUUCUUAAGGAUGUGAUCAUUACUGUUCAUAAGGAUGUGAUCAUUACUGUUCAUAAGGAUUUGAUCAUUACUGUUCUACAAUGUAAUUACUGUUCUACAAUGUCAUGACUGUUCUAUGAUGUCAUUACAGUUCUAUGAUGUCAUUAAGAUUCUAUGAUGUCAUGACUGUUCUACUAUGUCAUUACUGUUCUACGAUGUCAUUACUGUUCUACGGUGUCAUUACUGUUCUACGGUGUCAUUACUGUUCUAUGAUGUCAAUACUGUUCUAAGAGGUCAUGACUGUUCUACGAUGUCAUUACUGUUCUAUAAUGUCAAUACUGUUCUACGAUGUUGUUACUGCUCUACGAUGUCAUUACUGUUCUACCAUGUCAUUACUGCUCUACGAUGUCAUUACUGUUCUAUGAUGUCAUUACUGUUCUACGAUGUCAAUACUGUUCUACGAUGUCAAUACUGUUCUACGAUGUCAUUAUUCUUCUACGAUGUCAUUACUGUUCUAUGAUGUCAUUACUGUUCUACGAUGUCAAUACUGUUCUACGAUGUCAUUACUGUUCUACCAUGUCAUCACUGUUUGAAGUGUAUUAACAUUGGUGCUCCCAGAUGCAUCUAAUUCUAUAUUGUAUUGAAACAUAGUAAAACACAAACAUUUUACAAAAGAAUUUCUUUGUUCCAUGGAGUCAAAAUAAACCUGUCUAGAAACAUAAUGUCAAACAAAAAAACACACAACCUGUCUGUUUCAAUUUUUUCAAAGUCAUUGUUAAGUCUUUUCCUUAUAUCUGCUUCCAUCUCAUUAAAAAAACUAGAUAACUCGAGCAUUCAAAAAACUGCUUAAGCUUGUCUUUUUUAUAGAGGUUUAAGCUUUCAUUUUGUCAGAGAUGAAUUUGAAUAAAAUGUAUGCAAGUAUAGAAUUCAGAAUUUAUAUGGAAAACACAUGAAUACAAAAUUUUGGUAUGUUGAUUCCUUACAGAAUAAACCAAAGUCACAAUUUUACAUAGCUACAUUGUCUUUUCCUGUUUGGUUUUCAUAUUGUACUUCUACACCCUUUCUCGUCAUUCUUCUGAUCUUUGGUUAAGUUAGGAACUUGUGCCCAUUGUUAUUCUUUUCUUUCCAUUUUUUAGCUACGGUAAGAUACACCUUUUUUGUCAAUUAAAUUCAUAAAUAUAUUCAUGUUUUUUGUGUGAAUUUGUUUGAAUCUGUAAAUUGUUUAAUGAUAAUGAAAGCGUAACAUAGAUUAUUAAUUGAAAAAACAUCGUUUGUGUCUCAUUAAUCUUGUUUUGUUAUUCAAACUUCCACAAAUCUUAUUCCAAAUAUUUCUUUCAAAAGCUUUUAUGGCAUUCCCUUAUAUCAUUCUGUAUCUCCCAACUGACACUUGUACAAAAAAAUUUGCCUUACCAGUAGUGGUUGAAAUUCAUUUUUAACCAAUAUAAUAUCCAGCACAUGUAUCAGCGUUGUAGUAUGUUACAUUAUGGGUUGUGACCAAAAAACAACUUGUUUUAGAUGUAUCUCUUAUCUGCUGGAUAGAGGAAGAAAAUACCCAGCUUACGUUUGUCUUUUUAUAAAGCUUCCAUUUUUUCAAAGCUGAAUUUAAUGUAGCUACAUGACAAAUUAAGUAAAAAAUAUUCUUCUAAGAUAUGGUAAGCUUUUCAAUGGUUUGAAAUUUUUCAAUCUGGUUCCAGGCGCAGACUCCAGCUGUCCCCAUCCCAAGCAUUUUUCCUCCUUGUCAACAAUCGGAGUAUGGUCAGCAACACAACACCUCUGAUUGAUGUGUACGAGCGGGACAAGGAUGAGGAUGGAUUUCUUUACAUUGUGUAUGCAUCGCAAGAAACCUUUGGGGCCGACUGAAAGAAUCUGGGGAGACGAGUUAAAUUCCAGGGGUAUCCAGCGGGUGACAGACUGAGAUGGUCUAUUUUGAAGGUCAUGUGAUGUUUCACCUUAUGUGUAUGGUUUGGUCUUAAAUUAAAUAUGAUUGUGUUGAGAGAACUAUGUUUGAAAUAAAAAACUAUUAAAAUUAAUAACCCCCCAAAAAAUUCUUAGUUUUCAUAUACAUGGCCAUUAUAAGAAACUUUCUAGUGUAUGAGCCAAAUUUCUGUCGUAUAUUGAAGCCAGGGUUGCCACUCAUUGAUUUAGCAACCUUUUCCAUUGUCUGAAUGAAUUCAAUUAAAUGAUAAGGAUUUAUGGAUAUAUAUGCAAUAUGUUCAAAUGUUAUCAUUAGAAAAUCUGACUUCAUAUGCAGCUUUCUCUUAACCUUGCUGAUUUCCCACACAUUUUGACACAUGCUCAUUAUAACAUAGCAGUUGUUGAACUGGAAGUGAGGUGAGAACAGAUAAAAGAUCAUUAAAUAUCAAUCGAAUUUUAAAUAUAAUAUAAUUUUCUUCUGCCAUUUAAAAAAAUAUGAAACAAAUGUAAAAAAUGAUGUCCAAUUACUUUGGAUCAUGGUAAUGAUGCACUUGAUUUAUUGACCUCAAAUUUUAAACUGAUAUUUGUUAGUUUUAAAGUUGAUUGGUUUUCAUCUUUAUUUAUUAUUUCUUUGCAUCUGUCAAUUAUAAUUGACACAAAAGUUGUCCAUAUUUUUUCUAAGUGUAAUCUUUAGUUUAUGGGUGACUUAGAGGCACAUUGUUGUAUUUGAUUGAGACCAUUUACUGAGAUCAAUUUGUUUAAUCGCCAAAUCCGUGCAUAUUCCCCCAAUCAAUGCAUAGCCCCCCACAAGGUUUUUUCCUUAAGACAACUGUAUAGUAUUAAUAGUAAAACAUUAGUGUUAGAGCCAUACACACCAUUUGGAUUUUUUAAGGAGAUAUAUUAAAAAAAGUUGUUUUUCAAAUGUUAUUUAUUGUUUUACAUUAAUUAUUGUUAUAUGUAUUUAAUAAAAUAUUACUGUAAAAAAAUAAAUAUAUUUUAAAAGGUAAUUAAAAACCCAUUGCAAUAUUUUCCAUCUUUUGACUUUUAACAUUGAAAAAAUUAUAUAUAAGAAUAACAUGUCAAAGAGUACUGACUGGGAGGGCAUCAAUAAAAUUUAGGUUAGGAACCACUGUUCUAGGAAAUCAAAUACUAAGAAAAAUUACGGUUUUAGAUUUGAAAACCUUAGACUUCUAUUAAUGUAACUUUGUAGUUGUGUUGUUUUUUUUUUUCUUCUUUUUUUUCUUGCUUUGAGAAUUUUUUUUUAACUUUUAAAACUGAUAUUACGGUAUAUGAUUUCUCUUCUCAUUCUUAAAUUUUAAUUACAGAGAGAGAGUAAAGACUAUUUUAGUACAGCUCAUUAAGCAGAUCUUUUGACUCUUACGAUUUUGGCAUACAAAGUAAGAUUUGGAGAUGUCUUUUUUUGAUUGUUUGCAGAAACUUGUCAGAACUACAAUUUUACGGGACGGGUUAAGAAAAAAUAUUCUGGUGGUUUUUACGAUUCAAAAAUAAAGAUUUUGGUUGUAAGUUUUAGCUCCUUUUUACAUGUGGAGGUGGAUGGACAGAGAAAUACAGUUGGCAGGAGACAUCCUUAAUUAUAUUACGUACACUAAGAUGGAGAAGGGGGUGUUGUUGACUUAUAUAAAUUAUAAACUAUCAAAUAACAGCAUCAUGUUUCAUAAUGUCAAAUAGUUGCUGGAACUGGCUAGAUAUGGCAACAGUAAUGUUAGUGUAGUCAAAUGGUUGCUUUGUGUUGUCACAAUGAACUCGCUAGAUACAGCAACAGUAAGGGACAUUUUCACAGUGGAGUUAAGACUUUGAUUUUUCUUUCAUGACAGUUCAUUUCUCCCUAGUUAAGCCAUCUUACAUCCUUAACAUUUGACUACUAAUGCAUUAAUAUCAGCUAAUAUAAAGUGUUUUGUUUCAUUGUUUCAUUAUCUUCCACUCAGAGAGAAAAUAAAUGGCAACAUUUGAUAAGUUAAUGACAUCUAUGCUUUUAAAAAUGACUCAGCAGUUUGACAUCUAUGCUUUAAACACUGACUGAGCAGUUUGACAUCUAUGCUUUUAACAAUGACUCAGCAGUUUGACAUCUAUGCUUUUAACAAUGACUCAGCAGUUUGACAUCUAUGCUUUAAACACUGACUGAGAAGUUUGACAUCUAUGCUGUUAACAAUGAAUGAGCAGUUUGACAUCUAUGCUGUUAACAAUGACAACAGAUUGACAUCUUAUGCUGUUAACAAUGACAGAGCAGUUGACAUCUAUGCUUUUAACAAUGACUGAACAGUUUGACAUCUAUGCUGUUAACAAUGACUGAGCAGUUUGACAUCGAUGCUUUUAACAAUGACUGAAAAAGUUUGACAUCUAUUGUUACAUGUCUUUUGUUUCCAAUUUAUUAUAAGUUCGCCAGCUUUUUCUCUGUCAGUUUACAUGCAUUUCUCAAAUCCUUGGUGAACAAGCGUCAUCAACAAUUCUUGACAUCUUCUCACCCCCCUGAAGUUACUUCUUUGUUUUCUAACAUACGUUGGAUUUGUUAAUCGCAUAUUUAUUUUUUUUCUUAAAUAGUCUCUCAAACCCCCCCCCCCCCCAUGGCCUCCACAGAUUUCCUUGUAAGUCCACAUUUAUUUAAUCUUCAAUUGCUAAAACACCUGCAUCACAAUAGUGAGCAUCAGAGCGGUUCAUUUUCUCCUCAAAAUUCUAUGCAGUUGUUCCAAGUUUUAUUUCAGAGCCUUGCUUGUAAAUUGUUGUUAAGCUGAAAUUUUAUCACUUCCAUCAUAUUAAAAAUCAUAUUUAUAAUUUAUAUAAUUUUAUUUAUUUUUACGAGUUGGGUUUUUUUUGUGGUGCUUUUGUUGGUAGAUUUGGCUGAAAAUUGUAAUUCCUUUACUUUAAUUCUUUUACUACAAGCAUUUUGAGAAUGUUGACAUCAGAGCCUUGAUAGGUCAGAAACAUACUUUAUGUUUAAGCUUAAUAACCAAACUUUUCAAUGAAAUAAUGUGGUGGUCUCUUUCAAGUGUUGGCAUCGCUAAAUUUAUGACCAGUAUUACUUAAAGAAAGUAUUGACCAGAAUUUGUCAGGUUUGAAAGGGUUAAUAUCAUGUAAAGGAUUUCCAUAAACUAUAAAAGAAAUGAUAAGGUCUUUUAAAAAAAAAAUCUGAUUAAAAGCAAACAGGAGCCCAUCUCCUUUAAAACAUGGGAUUGUAUCCAGUGAGUCAUCUUUGGUCUAAUGAAUGGGUGGGUCAGUUAUUUAUUGGCUGAUAUAUUAUGAUUACAAAUAUAGGUCAUUAGGUUCGAUUCUAGCUUUUAUCAAGACUUGGAAACAUUAAGGGGGUGCUUUUUGAUCAUUUGAAGUGUCUAAUAUCUGGAUAGUGGGCUGGGGGCUGCACAAUUAUAAUCAAUGUGCUUUUUGAUCAUUUGAAGUGUCUAAUAUCUGGAUAGUGGGCUGGGGGCUGCACAAUUAUAAUCAAUGUGCUUUUUAAUUUUUUUAGUCCAGCGGGUACAUAGAUAGCUUGGGUCUUUUAAGUUAAAUCACAAUCUCUUAUUUUAUCAUCGUCCCAUAUUAAACACUGAAUAAACAGACUAAUCAAGACUAAUGAAGAAAGCUAGGAACAUAACACAAACUAAACAUCCUUCACUUGAAGAGCUGUUUGAAUAAAGAUGUUAUUGUAAAACUAAACAAAUUUUGGAUGAUACAUCCCACCCUCUUCAUCACAGAUACUUAGGAUCAGCCCGUUGCGGGACAAGUUCUUUCUCUCAGGGUGAGGACUGAAAGAUAUAAAAAAAAUUGUAUUCCCCAAACUGUACGAAUUUACGAGCAUGCUCCCCCAGAAGUUACAAAUCUAAAUGAGAACUAAUAAGUCCCUGAAAUGACUAAAAGAAUUCACUAAACGGCUUUUUUUUUUCACUAGUGAAAUAAUUUGACGUAGUAGUCUUGUGUUCAAAUUGUUGUACUUAUGUGCUGAAAAUGUACAAUGCAUCUUAUCUUCUCUUAUCUUAUCCCAGGGUGUCAGGAACACUUUUUAGAGUGAGGAGGGAUUUUUUAUAACUUAUAACUGAAUUAAAUGCUUAGAAAUAUUUUGGGCGUUGCAGGGGGCUGAACCACAGGCUUAGGGGAGCAGGCUUUGAAUUAUGAAUUAUGAAAUAAACAAAUUAAAAGCAAAAGUUUUAAAUUGUUCAAUUUCGAUCGAUUAAAAAAGUUGCAGGUGUUUGUUC